AUGACGUCACCGCGUAGACUGUGAUGGCGGAUGUUACUGAGAUCGACACGAUGAAACACUUCCACGGAGGUUUCGAGAAAAUCGACAAAGAAAUGAGCCGUUAUCCGCACUGCAUCGUCUGGACACCGAUUCCGGUUCUGACCUGGUUCCUGCCAUUCAUAGGGCACAUGGGCAUAUGCACAUCCACCGGUGUGAUCAGGGAUUUUGCCGGUCCUUACUUCGUAUCGGAGGACAACAUGGCAUUUGGAAAACCAACAAAGUACUGGAGGCUGGAUAAGAAUAAAGUGUAUGGCGGUGGAGCAAACGCCUGGGAUAUUGCCGUGCACGAGGCGUCUGAGGAAUACAAAACUAGAAUGCACAAUCUGUGUUGUGAUAACUGCCACUCUCACGUGGCCAUGGCUCUGAACCUCAUGCGCUACGACAACUGCUCCUCGUGGAACAUGGUCAAACUCUGCUUACUGUCCUUCAUCCACAGCAAACAUGUCAGCUUUGUGGGGUUCCUGAAGACCUGGCUGCCUUUUCUGAUGAUUUGUGGGGUCAUAGUCACCAUCGCCCUUGCUGUCAACCUACGAUGACGGAGGUUGGAUGACAGGAGCAUCAAACACAGAGAGAGAGAUGUUGAACGGUCGUACAGGGCAGCUCAGGAUCAUUAUGAGCCACGGCUACAAGAAGCAAAUCUGAACCUGAACUUUAAUCAUGCGUCUGUACGACAUUACAUUGCUUCUGUUUGGAGAUUCAGUCUGGCUGGCUGGGAAUACAGAGACCUCUUUGCAUCUAGUGACAUGCUGACUAUUAGUGACAUUGUAAGUGAAUUACAGGGACCUUUUCCAUUACUGCUUACAUAAGCUUUUGCAUUUGAUAUAUUUGUAAUAUAAUCACAUACAUGAAUGGGUCUAAAUGAAACAAGAUGACAAUUUCCUGUUUCCUGUGAUUAGAAUUAAGAUCUAAGCAUAUGACUUCUCAUAAUUUUAUUUUGCCUCAUUCUUAGAACUAUUUGAAUUUUGUGGUGCAUCAAAAAUAUGUACAUUUUUUAAUUGAUCCAGGAUGUUUACAUUAUUAUACUCUAAUGGGAGUUUGUAUAAUUGGUUCAUUCCUUAUGUUUUUGUUUUAUGUUUUCAUUUAUAUUAUAUGACCAAAUACAAAUGUAAAUCCAUAA